AUGUCAACUAUACUUGCGACUCAAGUUCGCAAACACGCAUCAAAGCCAACGCGUGCGGCAGGCAGAUAUUGGAAGGGUAAAGCGCCGAAAGGAGCUGCUGAAUUUCCAUCCGACUCAGAUGAAGACGAUGAGGAGCAGCUCGAGGUUCAGGAAGAAGGAGACGUGCUCAUUGGUGGGGAGCAAGACAUCGUCGAGAAUGAUGAGGACGAGGAAACGACGCUUCCAGUGAAGAUGGGACAGGGCAGAGUGGUGAAGACUAUGAAUCUUACUCUAAAAGAUGUCAAUAUCUCGAAGGAAGGCAAGGUCAUUGUUGCGGGACGAGAAGAGUCUGGACGGACCAAACUGGAGGAGGAGGAGUCGGAGGAAGCACCGGAUGAAGAAGAGGAAGAAGAGGAUGAGAGCGAGGUAUGUUUACUUAAGGCAUAUACUAUUUUUUUGAAUUAUCUCCAGUCUAGUGAAUCUGAGGAAGAAGUUUCAAAGCCAUUAUUCCGACCUGUUUUUGUUCCGAAGCGAGGCCGAGAGACGAUUGCUGAGCGUGAUGCAAUAGCUCUGGAAGCCGAGGAAGUAGAGAAGCGGAAACAAGAAACUGCUGAAGAACGGAAGAAGCAGAGUCAUGACCUUGUCGCAGAAAGUAUACGACGAGAACUAUUGGAAAAGGAGAAGGAAGAGAUAAUACCUGAUGUGGAUGAUACGGACGGUGUGGAUCCCACUGGGGAAUUUGAGGCUUGGCGGCUGCGAGAGCUUGGACGAAUCAAGAAGGAAAAGGAGGAAGAACUUAGACGUGAAGAGGAAAGGGAAGAGAUUGAGCGGAGACGUGCCCUUCCAGAAGAACAACGUUUGAAGGAAGAUCUUGAACGGGCUAACAAGCUACGAGAGGAGAAGCCUAAAGGCCAGCAGAAGUUCCUUCAGAAGUACUGGCAUAAGGGUGCUUUCCACCAGGAUGACGCAAUCCUCACACGACACGACUACACAGAGGCAACUGAGUCUACGGUGGAUGUCUCGAUGUUACCCGAAGUCAUGCGAGUUAAGAACUUCGGUAAACGCAGUAGAACCAAGUAUACCCACCUUAUGGAUCAGGACACGACACAGGGGAGCGGAGGUUUUGGAGGCGCCGGUUCUGUACAAACAGGGGGUCGAUCCACAGAAGGGGGUGGUUGUUUCUUAUGUGGCGGUCCGCAUCUCAAGAAGGACUGUCCUCAAAAUAAUCAAUUACCUCCAGGGGCCCGCAGUUCUUUAGCGUCUGGUGCUAACGCGGCCACUGGCAGAUCACGCGCAUGGGGCGAGCAAUCAUCGUGGCGAGACCGGCCCGAUGAUAGAGUUGAUCGUCGCCGCUCAAAGGAGGGAAAGCCAAGCCGGGAGGACUUCACCAGUGACGAUAGAUCGCGGGAGAAGAAUCACGAUUAUCGCAAUUCUGGCACUGGGCGCCGAAGAUCACGGUCAAGGUCACCUUAUCGCAGUCGUUUAGGCCAUGAUAACAGACGGAGAACGCCGCCGGAAAGAGACCAUGAUGGUUUUAGGGAGAAGAAGCGGCGUCUGGACUAA